AUCUUUAUAUAACAUUUCUUUUUGCUGUCAACAUUUUUUAUAGAUUCAGGACCUUACAUACGCAUCUAUUCAAGGACAGAUAAUCAAACUUGGAGUUGCCAUUCCCAAUUAUAUAUACUACAAAGUUUUAUUCUUAGUUCGAACCGUGAGAGCGCGAUGUUACGUUUGAAAUUUUUUCGCAGCCACGGAGACAUUCUCACCACACUGAUCGGUGGCGGCGGAUUGGCGGGGGGAGUGGCAGCUGGGGGCGGUAGGCGGGCAUUGCCAUGCAUGGACGUGGACAGUGGUCCGGCGGCCGCCGCCUGCUGGCUGUGGGGCCGGCUGAUGAGUCAGUACCAGUUCCGGACCCAGAAGCCGGCCUACUAUCCGGAUCGCCAGCUGGAAGCGAAGCGUCCAAGCAUAUCGAAAGCCGGCCAGCACUCCCAGCAGAUCAGUUUCCCCGCCCCCGUGAAAACUGCCGUCCAAAACCGGGGGAUGCCCAAAGACUACUACUAUCGAGUGCUGGGUGUCCACAGGCAUGCCACCAUCCAGCAAAUCCGAUCGGCCUUCUACGCGCUAGCGAAGCGUUACCAUCCCGACUCCACGCAUUCGGAGCAGAAGCUGAAGCACUUCCAGGAGCUUUCUAACGCCUACAACAUCCUCACCGACGAGACCAAGCGCCUGGAGUACGAUCAGCUGGGCGGGGUCAGGGACGAACGGGCCUUCCUCGAGCAGGCGGGGAAUCCCAUGCGGGCCGACCUUGAGGAGGCCAAGAAGCUGGAGUCCCAGAAGUGGUCCAGCGAAGAGAUCAACAAGGUGAAGAGCAACGAGUUCGACCUGCCGCUUAAGUUCGAGGAGGCGACCGUGGGCUGUAAGAAGCGACUAGAUCUGAAGUACCUGCGCAAGUGUGAUACCUGCAAGGGCAAGUCGCAACUAAUGACGCACCGGGACGUGGGCAAGGAGCCCUGUCGGCGCUGCAACGGUACCGGGAAGGUAACCACAAAAACAGCCACGUACAGUUCGGUAGCCCCUUGCAGUCAGUGCAAGGGUAAGCGCUUCACGAAUCGAAACGACUGUGAAACGUGCAGCAACCGAGGCCACGUGGUGGCCACUGUUGAUGUGAUGGUUCCGGUGCCGGCGGGGUCGAAGGACGGCGAUGUGGUGACCAUCUCCAAUCCAAACAACAAGCAACAGGUAACAUACAAGCUGCAGGUGCCCCACAGUGACUAUUUCAAGCGGGUGGGAAACGAUAUUCUGACGGACAAGCACUUAAACGUCUCGGACGCCAUCCUGGGCGGAACCUUUAGGAUCCGCGGCCUCUACGAGACCGUUGAACUAAAGAUUGAGCCCGGAACUCAGUCGCACACUCAGGUGAUUCUAAAGAGCAAGGGCGUGCGCUCCAAGGAGGGUAUUGGCAACCACAUAGUGACCCUCAAGGUGCGCAUUCCAAAGAAUCUAUCUGUGAAGCAGCGCCAACUGGUCUUAGCUCUGGCCCAAGCCGAAGAACCCCUUUUCGAGCACAAAACGGAUAACAAGGUGGCGGACUAGUACGACGUCCCAAUACAAAUGUUUUUCAAAUUCUCAAUGUACGUGCUUCAGUUCGUUCGAAUACAACUUGGCAGACACGAA